AUGAAAAUUGCCAUUCCCGAUGCGAAGUUUUUACAGCUCUCAUUUGUAGGCCUGCCAUGAAGUUUGUGAAAUGCAUUGCUGAAACGUGGACUGAGGAAACUCUAUAUUCAAUAUUAAAGGACCAAGCAGUCGGUACCUCUCUUGCAACCAUGUUUAACGAAAGAAGAGCUGCUAACCGACAGUCCGCUCGUGCAGGACCGUCCAAUAAUAGCAAUAAAGAAGAGAAGGGAUUGGAACGUGACACAAGAAGAACCAGAGAAAAAGAUAGGGCUUUCAAACCGGAGAGACGCUAUGGAGAGAACUACAGGAAGAGAUCCUCAGAGUUUGAUAGUCCAAGCAAAAGACCACCUCCUGAAGGUGGUAGAUACCGCUCGGAGGGAAGAAACGGUUAUUAUGACUCCAAUUAUGGACAGCAGGGGUAUGGGAAUGGACGGAGAUACGGAGGGCGGCCAAAUGAGCGUGGUACUCCUCGGGGACGGAACGACGCAGGUCCUAUUGUACCCUUGGACUCGCUAGGGAUGACAAAUAGCCAGUGGGAUAAGUAUCCGGCUAAACUCAAAGGAAUGUCUGCCAGAUUUGCCAAAUCUGCAGGUGUUUUUUCUAGCAGGUCCGAAAGCUCAUUAGAGCAAUUGACAGAGGAAAACAUUGUCAAUCUGAUUAAACAACAAAACAACUUGCUAAAGAUGAGAAAAAGCAGGUUAGGUACUCAGCGGAUCAUGGGACCCACAGAGUCGAAAUUAUCCAAACGAGUUAUAGUGAAGGGAGUUGACUUUGACAAAGUCGCUCCUCAAAGCGUGCAGAAGUUUCUGGAGUCAUUCUUGGCAUCUGUGGUAAUUCCUGACGUAUCGUAUGAAGAUUUAACUUUAACUUCAACCGUUGAAGGGGGGACGUUGGUGAUCGACUGCACAACUUCGUUGGUUGCCACCACCCUUGUUUCUUUCAAUUCGAAACACAUACCCGAACUCGAGGCUAACCUAAUCGUAGAAAGGCCGGGGGAUUACAUAGAAAUUGCCGACAGUCAAAAUCAAGAGGAGAGUUUGCCCGAUGUUGAAGUCUUAGAGCAGAUAGUUGAAACUUCAGGUUUGUGUUGUGCGAAUAACAUCCCAGAGGAUAUGAGCAAUGGCAAAUUUAAAGAGAUUUUACAGAAGUAUGGAAAUUUGCGUUCAGCAAUUUUACUUAUAGGCAAAGUAACAUAUGAAUGUUGUGGUGUUGCCUUCUUUAGUUUUUACAGCACAAAGAAGUCAAUCGAUGAGACAAUAGAAGAUAUCAAUAAAGAAGAAAAAUGGGACUGUUUUCUGGCGUGCAAGAAUCAAACCAAUGAAUACUCACAACAGUGCGAUAUAAAGGUGGCAAACGUUAAAGAUUUCAUUGAUACUAAAAGUAAGGAUAUUACGAAGCAUAAGGUAACUUCAACUAUACAACUAUUAAACAGUAUCUCUAUCGAAGAUGCCUUGGAUGAUACAAAAUACAACCAGGUAAAAGAUGCGUUUGAAGAAGAGCUUUCCCAAUUAAGUGGAUAUGAAAAGCUUGUUCUAGUGAGACCAAGUCAAGGUUUCCGUAUCCAGCAGAUUGAUGAAGUGCAGCCGGAGUUUGGAAGAAUUUUAGUUACUUUCAAAACUCCCAAGGAUGCCGAAGCAUGUUUGAAUAAGGUCUGUGGGAGAUAUUUUCAUGGAAGGGUGAUAAUGGGCGGAUUCUUGGAUGAUUUGGAUUACAGGGAUGUUUUUGCUGAGUAAUUGGUUAUAAAACGUCUAUA